AUGUCUGAUAACUUCAUAAUAGAUGAAACAAACCCAUUAAGACUUAAAAGAACACACCACGAAGAAUCAGAUGAUGAUCAAGAUGAUGAGACACAAUUAUUAAAUCAAGAUAUUGAAGGUAAUAAAAAAAGAAGAUUUCAAAAACCAAAUAAAGUUGAUGUUAGUCAGUAUAAUGAUGAUUCUUCUGAUGAAGAUUAUGAAAAACAGGAAGAUGUAAAGCCAAAAGAGGAUACGAAUGCAAAGGAUGAUAGUGAUAGUGAUAUGUUUGCAUCUGAUGAUGAAGAGGAAAAUGAAAAUGACAAAAAUGAUGAUGAUGAUAAACCAAAAGUUAAACACUCGAAAAUAGAAUUCAUGGAUAUAAAAGAUUUUGAAAAAGAAGCAGAGAUUGAUCAAGAUGAAGUGAAUAAUAAUAAUCAUGAAGAAGAUGAAUCAGAUGAAGAAGAAACCAAACCAAUUGAUGAUUAUUACUAUGAUCAAGAAUCAUCACAUUCAAACAAUUUACCAAAACAUGAACCUAAAAUUGAUGCAUUCAACUUAAGAGCAGAACAAUCAGAAGGUAGAUUUGACAUAGAUGGUAAUUUUAUCCGUGGUGAAAGUUCAGAAGAUGAACAAGAUAAUCAAUGGCUUGAUGGAUUAAAGAAGAAAGAUAUUCAAAAGGCUAAAGCUGCACAAUUGAAAAGACAAGAAUUAUCAAAACAAAAAAAAGAAGUGAAUGAUGAGAAACUCACUGAAGACUUAUUAUUUGAAUUGAUUGGUGAACUAGAUCCGGUGGAAACUCCAUUAGAAGCUUUACAAAGAUUAAACAAAGGUUCCAAAAAGCAAAAUAGAUAUAAAAAAUUUAAAUUAUCAGAAGAGGAACAAGAAACUCAAAGAAUUAAAAAGGAAAAAGUAUUGAAAAUCACAUCACUGGCUGAAAAACUAAUUGAACAUGGAGUUACAGAUAUUUAUGAAUUAGAAAAAGAAUCAAUAAUGUUGAGGUAUAAACAAGAAUCUGGUAAGAAUUAUAUAAAACCACAAAAAGAGCAAAAAGAUAUCAAGGAAUCUACAUCUACAGAUACAGCUACAUCGACUACAUCAACUACAUCACCAGUACAGUGGGAAUUUCGUUGGGUUGGUGAUGAUAAAAUCCAUGGUCCAUAUGGUUCAAAUGAAAUGAACUAUUGGAAAUCAAAUUAUUUUCAAAAUAAUGUUGAAAUAAGGAAAUUUGGAACUAGCGAUUUUAUACAUAUUAACAAAAUUGAUAAAUUUUAA